AGAAUUUAGGAUGGACAUGGUUAUCAAGUAGUUGUUAGUCGUGUCGAUGACGUCAUCAUUCUCCAACCAUUGUUAUGAUGCGGGUGAUCGAAUCUUUGGGUUGAUGGACGAAGGACGCGCUUACAAGCUACUCAACGUGAAAAUAAAGAAUGCCUCCUCACUCUUAAAGAAGGAUAUUUUCGGACUCAGUGACCCGUACUGCAAAGUGUCCCUAUGUUCAGAGAUCUCAUCCGGGCUAAAUGCAGACGAAGAUACAGUCAUCGGGAUACCAGCUGAAACCAGGGCCAUCAAAAAAACCCUGAACCCCGUCUGGAACGAAACAUUCGUGUUCCGAGUCCAUCCCUCUCGACAAUACCUUCUGUUCGAGAUCUACGACUACAACAAAGUUACUCAGGACGAUUUCCUGGGACUGUACCGGUACAACCUGUACCAACUACCAGUCAACAAUGCUGACAGUAAUGUAGACACAGCUCCAGUGCAUGACAUGGUGUUGAAGCAGCGGAGUAGGAGGUCGAGAGUGCGCGGUAUGCUGCACUGUCAGUUCGCGUAUGAGGCUGCUGUGGAUGCAGAUGCGCAGAGUGUGCACUCAGAGCGGUUGAUAGAGGAAGAUCCUGAGAUAAGGGAAGGUCAAUGGGAGAGUUUACAGAGUAUGGACAGUCAGCCACUCCCGGAAGGAUGGGAGGAGAGGGUCGACUUCUCCGGUAGAAUAGUUUACGUGGACCAUGUCAACAGGACUGUCUCCCUGGACAGACCAACUGCACCCGCCGUCGCAGUCAUUCAAAGAACACCAAGUAUAGUACAGCGACAGCACAGCGACUUUGACAACCGGAGACAGAUAUCUGAGGAUGACUUGGACGAGAAUUCCAGCAUAGUGUCCUCACUUGCUCGUUCCCAAUCGGUGCCUGUUCCAGCCCAAGAGCCGAUACUAGAAUCAGCACCACCGGAGCCAGAAGUAGAAACAGAUUCGACCCCAGAGCGCACUCCAGAGCCUACCAUUAUAGAGCCCAUCCUAGAGCCUACUCCAGAACCGGAGCCCCAAGAGGAAUCUCCUCUGCCUGACGGUUGGGAACGGACAGUCGACUUCUCCGGUCGGGCAGUUUACGUUAAUCACUUAACCCGAGUAGCACAGUUCGACCGACCUGAACCCUCUCAAGUAUGGGACAGGGUCCGGCUCCAGGAGGGUGAGGAAGAUGAAGAUUUUGGUUUCGAGCAGCUGAACAUGUCUGAACUAGGACAUCAAACACCCCCUCGACAGCAACCCUCCAGCCAGCCCUCCAGACAAGACUCAAGACAGUCCCUAGAGUCUCAAGCCCCCACUGCUCCUUCCGCACUUGACCUUAGUGGACCCGACCAGACGGAAGUAGAAGAGUCCGGGCAACAGUCUCCACUCCCUGAAGGUUGGACAGAAGCUCAGGACCCUGGCUCUGGUCGACUGUUCUACAUCGACCACAACUCCCGGACAACCUCCUGGGUCAGACCCAAGAGCAGGACAGACGGACUGUUCGCAGCAUUGGGUCCUCUACCGACCGGGUUUGAGAUGCGCUACACCCGCAGUGGACGCCCCUUCUUCAUAAACCACCGUACCAAGGAGACAACUUGGCACGAUCCCAGACAAGAAGACCCACUUCCCGAUGGUUGGGAGAUGAGGGUACACUCUGAUGGGAGGGUGUUUUACGUGGACCAUGCUACUAAGAGUACGCAGUGGGAGGACCCUAGGAAGACUAUUGUCUCGUCAGGUCCUGCUAUACAGUACAGCAGAGAUUAUAAAGUUAAAUACGAGAACUUUAAAGCUAACCUUCCCAAACCGCCGCAAUCUACUGGUAAAUGUGAGAUAAAGGUGAAGAGAACCAACAUACUGACGGACAGUAUGAACGCUGUCAUGCCCAAAUCGAAGGAGGAACUUCUCAAGAGAUUGUGGAUCACUUUCGAGGGGGAACCCGGACUUGAUUAUGGUGGAUUAGCAAGGGAAUGGUUUUAUGCUUUGUCGCGUGAGAUGUUCAACCCUUACUACGGACUUUGGGAGUAUUCCGCCAUUGACAACUACACUCUACAAAUAAACCCAAACUCUGCGAUAAUUGAACCAGCUCACGAACGGUUCUUCUACUUCUUCGGCCGGAUCUGUGCUAUGGCGGUGUACCACGGCAAACUUGUUGACGGGUUCUUUAUUCGUCCGUUCUACAAGCUGAUCCUUGGGAAGCCUAUCACUCUGGAUGACAUGGCAGAAUUUGAUAUAGAAACCUACAACAGUUUGAAAUGGGUUAUUGACAACGAUCCGGAGGAUUUAUGUCUUACUUUCAGUGCUCAGGAGGACAAAUUAGGAGAGAUGGUCGAAACUCCUCUGAUACCGAAUGGUGAGAAUAUCGAGGUUACGAACUUCAACAAAAUGGGAUAUAUUAAGGAUUACAUCAACUGGAAGUUCGUAAACCGAAUAACUGAUCAAGUAAGGAGUUUUAAGGAUGGUUUUAACGAUGUCAUCCCCUUACGGAGCCUCGCUGUGUUUGACGAGAAUGAGUUGGAAUAUCUGAUGUGUGGGAUCACACAGAUAGACGUAGAGGACUGGGCUACCUACACGGACUUUAAGGGCGGAUUCUCUCCCACACACCACGUUGUUGUGUGGUUCUGGAAGGCUGUAAGGUCGUUCGAUAACGAGUUCAGAGCAAGACUUCUGCAGUUUGUGACCGGGACUUCCAGGGUGCCCAUGAACGGAUUUAGAGAACUUCAAGGAUCUAACGGACCACAAAAGUUUUGUAUUGAGAAAUGGGGGACAAAUCAGGAUCUUCCAAGGGCGCAUACUUGUUUCAACCGUAUUGACCUACCGAUGUACAGCGAUUACCACACUCUGAGGGAAAAAUUACGAGUAGCUGUGGAAUGCACAGGUGGAUUCGACAUAGACUAAAAUCCGGACUAGAUUAAAAAGUUAGAAAUAUUUAUCUUCCCCUGCUAGAAACUAGCCGGCUGUGAACUAAAACAGAGCAGUUGGCAAAGUUGAACAAACUAAACCUCACAUUUUUGAAAGACUUAUGUUUAAUGCCUAAUGGAGAGAAUGUAAUGUUAUAAAAGCAAUUUAUAGCUGAGCUCAGUUAAAGAUGUUUAUAGCUGGCAAAUUUUUAUUUCUUAUUGGAAGUAUAGAUUAGCCCUGGAUUUUCUUUUUAUGUUUAGAAUGUUGAUGAUCAGAAUUUACUUUUUUAUUCGUUAUAAAGUUAUAAAUGAUACACGAUAUUGAGAUCUCGUUGUGGUCCACUGUGAGAGACUGCAAGUGUAAUAUAUAAAUUAAACUCGCUGGGAUGAAGUUGACCUGUUUUAACAAGCAAGGAUAUGAGAUUGUUUGAGAGCUCUUGACGUUGGGUCGGUGGUGGCAGCUAUACCUACCACGACAUAUAGCACUGUAUCUACCACUGCUUAGGUCAGCCAAUUUGUAACUUUCUAGAUUUUAUUAAUUAUGUUAUGUGGUGCAAGUAGUGUUCAGCUAAGUUGAGCUGCUUAGCUUGCCAUUUAUGAAAUUAUGUUCUUUCCGUACGUUUGUUUGAUUGGGGUUCACUGACUUGAUAUUUCAUCUUUUAACCUAGCAAACUAAUUGAUUUUAGAAUUAAUUGAUUUGAUAAUAAGCGGAGGUUCUCGCUAAUUGUAGUGUACAUAGCUGUGUCGAGAACCUCGUUUGAUGUAAUAACUUAGCGUUGAUUUGACUUAGAUUUCUUCGA